CAGCCCCACCUCUCGCUCGCAGAAUGGCCCAUUAAACACUGCCGCCAAUCGGCGCCCGCCGUUCGCUGCCCGCCUUCUCAAGCCUCGCCCCUGCCCUUAAUUCUCGCAGCUUCCGCCGUGCGGGCUCAGAGCCACGCGGCGCGCCCGCGAGCUGCCCCCGGGAUCGGUGGCCGUUACCUCCCGGGGUCCCGGACCGCAGCCUUCCGCACUCAGGGGCUCGGAUCUCCCCUCCCAGACGCAAAAGCCUAGCUCCCCUCUUCCUGGAGCUCUUGUCUCCCGUCCCCCAGGUUCAAGCUUCCCAGCCUCCGUUUCCAGGACCCCGGCGCCCCGGAUCCCUGCCUCCCGGAUCGGCGCUACCGGGACGUGGCCUCUUGAGGACCUCUGCCACUUGGACGCCUUCAGCCUUCCAGAGCCCAAGACCCCCUGUCCCAGCCUGAUACACUCCUGUAUUCCCAUCCCUAGGGCCGAGAAACCCAGGGGUUUCGGGCGCAGGACACAACCUGGGAGAGCAGAGGAGCCUCGGCGCCCAGCUUCGGGAUCUCAGACACUCCAGCUUCCACGAGCCAAGGAACCUCGGCGCCGUGAACUCCCAACUCCAAGGAACCUUCCAAAGUUCCAGCCUCCAGGCUGUGUUACAAAACUCUCCGUUCUAAGGAACGUCGGCGUUCCGGGAAGGAGCCCCCCAAGCGCUCGCAGCUUCCAGACGCCGCAGAACUCCGGGGGGCGUUCCAACAUGGUGGCCGAUCCCCCGCGCGGAGAGCCCAAGGGGUUCGAGGCGGCCGAGCCCACCGGGAACGGUGCCCCGACGUUGCUCCCUAAAGAGGACCCCGACCCGGCAGGAGGCCGCUGCUGCGGUUCCCGGGAGCGGGUGCGCCGCUGCCUUCGCGCCAACCUGCUGGUGCUGCUGACGGUGGCGGCCGUGGUGGCAGGCGUGGCGCUGGGGCUGGGGGUCUCGGGGGCGGGUGGCGCGCUAGCGCUGGGCCCCGCGCGCCUGGCGGCCUUCGCCUUCCCCGGCGAGCUGCUGCUGCGCCUGCUGAAGAUGAUCAUCCUGCCGCUGGUGGUGUGCAGCCUGAUCGGCGGCGCCUCCAGCCUGGACUCGAGCGCGCUCGGCCGCCUGGGCGCCUGGGCGCUGCUCUUUUUCCUGGUCACCACGCUGCUGGCGUCCGCGCUCGGCGUGGGCUUGGCGCUGGCCCUGCGGCCGGGCGCCACCUUCGCCGCCAUCAACGCCUCGGUCGGCGCCACGGGCGCCGUGGAAGAGGAAGAGGCCCCCAGCAAGGAGGUCCUCGAUUCGUUCCUGGAUCUUGUGAGGUCAGACCCCGCCCGCCCGGUGGAAGUCGUCGAGGGGGGGGGGCGGGGGCGGGGAAGCCACGUGGGGAGGGGACCCGUGUUAGGGAUGGCCGGAGCGACCACGCGAACGCUAGAGGGUUUUGAGUCCUCCAGAGCCCGGACCCCCCCACUCCCCCCCCCACCCCGGCCCCAGGGCUGGAUGGUGAUGGUGUGGCCCUUUGAGGGUCAGAGUCCAGCGAGUGAGGACAGACCCCUUGGGAAGGAGGCUUCGAAUGGGGGCGCCUGGGGACGUAACUGGGGACGCUGCAAGACAGUGAUAAGACAAGGAAGUCUCCUAGAGGGAAGAAAGUAAUGCUUGGGGAGUUUGUGGGGGAGGGAAGGGAUACAGAGGCUUUUCUGUGAGGGGAGAGGAUUCUGGGGGGACUUGGGAGGGGAUUUGGGGGCGCUCAGGGCCUCAGGAUUUGAGUCCAGAGUCAGAGAGCUUGUGACCCCCGAGGAGUUCAUAGGGGACCUGAGGAGAUCGGAGUGACCUCUGCCAGGCCCUCUUCCCGGUCCCAGGGCUCCCCCAUAUUAUGUGUCAUCCCUGUUACCCGGACGCAGCCAGGUUUUUUUCUCAGCCUCCCUUCCCCGCCCGGGGCUGGGCCCUGGCAACUUCCCUUUUUACAUCUUCCUGCUAAAUCCUGCCACCUCCAAAGACUUUCCAUUCCAUUUCUCGCCCCCCCCCGCCCCGAACCAACACCAGGCGGCCCAGAAGCGGGGGCCAGCGGGACCGGCUAGAAAGAGAGCAGGCUCUUUGCCUUCUGAUCUCUGCUCCCCCCACCGCCGCCCCCCCGCCCCAUCCCAAGAAUAGUUCUUCC